AUGGACGUCAGAGAAGUCGAGCUCCGCGGCAAGUCCAUCGCCAAAGCCAUGGCCGAGAACGAGCCCUCUUCCUCUUUUAUGAAGCUGCUAGGCGACCUGAAGACGGGGGUGAAGGCCGACGAGGACCUUCUCCGCAAGACUAAAAUCGGCGUCACGGUCAACCGCCUCCGCACGCACAAGGACCCCGCUGUCGCAAGGCUGGCACAAGAGCUGGUCAACAAGUGGAAAGACGAAGUGAAGAAGGGCAAGGGAGGUGCGGGAGUAGCAAGAGCGGUGAAUGGUACUGCAUCCCCCGCGCCAGGCUCCGGGACACAGUCUCCCACUCCCGCGAAGGCACCAGUGAGGAAGCAUAAUGUGGAUCCAGACAAGAGGAGUCAUAAGACGGACAAGAUUGAUUAUCAUGUCACUGGUAAUGAGACUCGGGACAACUGUGUCAGGCUGCUGUACGACGGUCUGGCACUGAUGACAGACGAGCUACCCGAAGACGUUCUCUCCGUCGCCAAAGCCACCGAGGCUGCCGCCUUCGCCAACGCAGAUUCCCUCACCAACGACACCUACAAAACCAAGAUCCGCUCCCUUUUCCAAAACCUCAAGAACAAGUCCAACCCCGGACUGCGCAAGCGUGUGCUCUCCGGCGAGAUCACCCCCAAGCGCUUUGUCAUCAUGACCCACGACGAGCUCAAGUCCGCUGAACGGCGCGCAGAGGACGAGCGCAUGGAGAAGGAGAACAUGAACAAUGCGAUGGUGGCGCAGGUCGAGAAGAGCAUCUCCAAGGAGUUCCAAUGCGGAAAGUGCAAGCAGAAACAGGUCAGCUACAGCCAGGCGCAGACAAGAUCUGCCGAUGAACCGAUGACAACGUUCUGCGAGUGCAUGAAUUGUGGGAACCGUUGGAAGUUCUCCUGA